GCUCGACACUAUGGCAAGAACCAAGCAGACCGCCCGUAAGUCCACCGGUGGCAAGGCGCCAAGGAAGCAGCUCGCCACUAAGGCUGCCCGCAAGAGUGCGCCGGCUACCGGCGGCGUGAAGAAGCCUCACCGUUACAGGCCCGGCACCGUGGCUCUGAGGGAGAUCCGCCGUUAUCAGAAGUCUACUGAGCUGCUCAUCCGCAAGCUGCCCUUCCAGCGCCUGGUGAGAGAAAUCGCUCAGGACUUCAAGACCGACUUGCGUUUCCAGAGCUCGGCCGUCAUGGCCCUGCAGGAGGCGAGCGAGGCAUACCUGGUCGGUCUGUUCGAGGACACCAACCUGUGCGCUAUCCACGCCAAGAGAGUGACCAUCAUGCCCAAGGAUAUUCAGCUGGCCCGCCGUAUUCGCGGAGAACGCGCUUAAACCACAACUCCGUCUAAUAUACACAAAG